GGAUCCCAGCCGCCAUUAAACUACAGUAGAAGAAGAUCUGAGUCCGCAGUGUUUUAUAGAAUAACAGGAUCUGAUCUGCUGCAGAUUGGAAUGACUUCUAAUCACUUCCAAGUCUUCUGCUGCUUCAAGUGUCAGUUUUUAAAAAUCUACUUCCUCACGAAACACUAAGACGAUGGAUUCUACAAUUCUGUCAUCCGAAGAGAUAAAAUGUGAGAAUGCUGAAGGUUUUUAUGGUUACCUUUCGCCACAAGAUCAAACCCAAAUCGAUAAAGAAGAAGAAGGGACGUCUCACCGCUGUCCAGACUGUGGAAAGAUUUUUACAAAACAGCGCGAUCUCCGAAAACACCAGCGCAUUCACACCGGAGAAAAACCGUUUCAGUGCUCCGAGUGCGGGAAGUGUUUUACUCAGCAAGGAGAUCUCAAAAUUCACCAGCGCAUUCACACUGGAGAGAAACCGUAUCAGUGCUCAGAAUGUGGGAAGAGUUUUAAUCAGAACGGUAGUCUCACCGCACACCAGCGCAUUCACACUGGAGAGAAACCGUUUCAUUGCUCGGAUUGUGGGAAAAAUUUUAAUCGACAGAGUAGUUUAAAAACACACCAACGCAUUCACACUGGAGAGAAACCGUAUCACUGCUCAGAGUGUGGACAGAGUUUUAGAAGCCUUGGAAUCCUUACAAGACACCAUUUGAUUCACACUGGAGAGAAACCGUUUCAGUGCGCGGAUUGUGGAAUGACUUUUAGAGAAAGUGGUACUCUCAAAAAACACGAACGAAUUCAUACUGGAGAGAGACCUUAUCAGUGCUCAGAGUGUGGAAAGGGUUUUAUUCAGCAGAGCGCUCUUAAAAAACACCAGUGCUCUCACGCGGAAGAGAAACCGUUUCAAUGCCCAGAGUGUGGACAGAGUUUUAGACAGAUUUCUAAACUCCAAAAACACCAGCAAAUUCAUAAAGUAGAGAAAGUGUAUCAGUGUUCAGAGUGUGGAAGUAGUUUUAAUCAGGAGAGUAGUCUCAAACGACACCAGAUCAUUCACACUGCAGAAAAACCAUAUUGCUGUUCAGAGUGUGGGAUGAGUUUUAGACGGAUUAGUAAACUAAAAAAACAUCAGCGCAUUCACACUGGAGAGAAACCGUAUCAGUGCACAGAAUGUGGAAUGACUUUUAGAGAAAGCGGUACGUUCAAAAAACACCAGCGCAUUCACACUGGAGAGAGACCCUAUCAGUGCUCAGAGUGCGGAAAGAGUUUUAAUCAACUGGGAACUUUAAAAACACACCAGCGCAUUCACACCGGAGAGAAACCGUAUCAGUGCACCGAAUGUGGAAAGAGUUUUAACCAGCAGGGUAGUCUCAUAGCACACCAGCGCAUUCACACCGGAGAAAAACCCUACCACUGCUCCGACUGCGGGAAGAAUUUUAAUCGAGAGAGCAGUCUCAAAACUCACCAGCGCAUUCACACUGGAGAGAAACCAUAUCACUGCUCAGAAUGUGGUGUGAACUUUAGAAGCCUUGGUAUUCUCAAAAAACACCAGCUCAUUCACACCGGAGAAAAACCCUAUCAGUGUUCAGACUGCGGUAUGAGUUUUAGAGAAAGCGGAACCCUUAAAAAACACCAGCGUAUUCACACUGGAGAGAAACCGUAUCAGUGCACAGAGUGUGAAAAGAGUUUUAUUCAGCAGAGCGCUCUAAAAACGCACCAGCGCGUUCACACCGGAGAGAAACCGUAUCACUGCUCGGAGUGUGGACAGAGUUUUAGAAAGAGCGAGACUCUUAAAAACCACCAGCGUGUUCACACUAAAGGAGAUGCACAAGUAUCACAAUUAGAUAAUUAGUUUUAUAUAAACCAGAAAUGUGAACAGGACGAUGUGUAAUUCAGUAUAUAAAACAGUAUCUAUAAAGUAUGUAUAUGUGAACACAAUAAUGUACAUUUUUUAAAUAAUAAUGCAUUGAUAAUACUGUUUAAAAAUACUAAUAUUUUUGCAAUGUGGACUGUUGAGUGAGUGGAAAACUUUUGUGAAAAUCUUUUACCUGUAGAGUCUCGUCUUUUAUGAUGCAACAAAUUUAGAAAUGAAACUUCCCAUCAAAAUCCCAUUAUUUAUAUUGCCUUGUCAAGUGCUGAUAAGUGUUUAAGCUCACUCAUAAAAAUAUAUAUUUUUUGUCCCUUUUGGUAUUAAAUUAAAGUCAAAUUGUAACUGUCAAAAUACAGAACAAUGCCACCAAUCUGAACCCAACAACCCAUUAAAUCCACUUUAAGCUAAAAGCAACAGUUUCUGGUUAUUUGUUGAUUUAAAGAAGUUAUUUUUUAUUUUCAGAAAACUGAACUGUCAGUUCUAAUAAAUCAGAUUUGGAAAUCACAGAUAAAAACCCAAUUUUUAAUUGAACUUUGAACUUAUUAAACACUUAGUAUUAGAAUAAAUGUAUUAAAUAUUUUAUUUAAUGAGAAAAAUCGAAUUUUUUGAUCAGAUUUUUUGACUCUCUGAUCUUUUUUAGAUCA